GCUCCUAAACCUUUAGUGGGAUGCUGUGAAAAGUUCACAUCUCUGGGGCUAUCUUUAGAGGCAUGAAUAAUGGGAAAGGCCUAUGACGUUUCAAAAGGUAAACUCUAGCCUCCCUACAGGGCCCCUUUCUGUAGGAGAGUAUAUACAGUAUAUAUAUAUAUAUAGGUCCCUGGAACCUCAGCCGCAUGAUGGUGCAAGCAUCCUGUCCUGCAACCAUGGGAAAGCACUAACUUUCGAAGCUAAAAUCAUUGCAUCAGUUGGAUGAGGAAAUUAUCAGAAGUUUCACAGUGGUCGCUUUUUCACUGGAACUGGCUCCAAAUAAUGACCCAGCUACAGAGCCAGAAUUUUCAGGGAGGUUUUCAUGAGUGCUCCAAGCCCUGCUCAGUAUUCACACUUUAAUUUGGGGAGGCCAGGGUCACUGGAUGUCCCAAAAGAUGCCCACUUGCACGGGUCAUCAGUACAUCCUGGGCCACGGGGAGUCCCCUGAUUUACACCACUGAAUGGGCUUUAACAAUUGCAUCAGAUCUUGUCAGAUGUUCCUCCCAGUAAGUCAAUCAAACUGAUGGUUUUUGUGACCUACUUUAGAACAUCUUAGCAAAUCAAUGUCAAUCAAUUAAUGCUUUGAAGUAAUUUAUAGAUGCAGCAUGAAAAGUGAAUGAGGGUCCACCAGGAGAUUCAGUCAUAUAAAACAGAAUGGAAGACAUGCCCCAAAGACUACCCACCUCAUUAUAAUUCUAUUAAUCUCCUCAGUCUGGGGAAAAAAGCAUAAAAAUCAUUGGACUGUCAGUGAAGUUGCUUAAAAAUUACUAAACGGAAGUUUCAAAAAUCACAUGUUUGGCAGGAAAUAUUGUUCAAAAAAGGCUAAGACUUAAACAUCGUGUAUUCAAAGGAUCAGCAUUUUUAACAUCCUUGUUGCUUCUACACAACAGUACAGAGGACUAUACAGUAAAAGAAUCUACAACACACCUGAUUUGGCCAGACUUAUGAUCAAGUUAACAGACGACUGCAUCAACGCUAUGAUCACUUCUACCUCCGUGAUAUCUACUCUGUCUACAUCAUGGGGGUCAUGAUGCUACAGAGGCCGUGAGUACUUCCUGAGGCCUGGAGAGUACAGAGCCUGUGCGGACUGAGGCUGCUUCAACCAUGAUUGGCUCAACCCCAUGAUUAGGAGAAUCAGAGGAGGCUUCAUGUAGGGUGACCUUGUGGGAUUAGCACAUCAUUAAGGGAUGGCUUUAAGAACAUGUCUUCAGAUUUCUUUUUUCAUUUCCCUGAAACACAGUAGAGAAUGCUGAUUAUCUUCUUUGAGGAAAAGAGCUUCCAGGGCCGUCACUACGAGUGCAGUAGUGACAGUGCCGAGUUGCAGGCCCACCUCACCCGCUGUAACUCCAUCCGCGUAGAGAGCGGCUGCUGGAUGGCUUAUGAGAAACCAAACUACUCUGGCUACCAGUACAUGCUGCACAAGGGAGAAUAUCCUGACUACCAUCACUGGGCAGGCUUUAAUGAUUGCAUCCAAUCCUGCCGCAUGAUACCUUCCUAUCAAGGAAACUACAAGGUGAAGAUCUUUGAGCGCUCUGAUUUUGAAGGCCAGGCCAUGGAGCUGAUCGAAGAUUGCCCAGAUCUGCACAAACACUUCCAUAAUGGUGACAUCUUCUCUGCCAAUGUCAUGGAAGGUUACUGGAUCCUUCACGAGCACCCCAACUACAGUGGGCGCCAGUACUUCCUGCACCCGGGAGAGUACAGGAGGUUUAGUGAGUGGGGCAGUACCAGUCCUGCUACGGGCUCCUUGAAACGGAUCACCGAGCUCAACUGAAAAGAUUUUCUGCUUAACAUAGCAAACUAAUCAUACCUGCUUCUCAUGAGCUUCUAGCAUGGUCUGAUCUUCACAGUUGACUAUGGCUUGACUGAGGAAUCAUUAUGUAGCAUGAAAUUACGUUGAGUUUUUUUUGGCCUCUGUUUGAGAUUUACAUUAGCUAAAAGAAAUGUCUGCAUUGCUUUGUGUGUUGACAAAUCGUAUGCUUACAUAGCACCUGAACCUUUAAUGCUAAAAAUGAGAGUAAAUUGAAAUUAAAUUACUUUUGUACUUUCAACUUACAUAAAAGUAUUAUGGUGUUUAAUACGAAGACCAAAGUUUCCUCACUCUGUUUGCUGGAUACAAAAUGGUAUACAGGUCCAUACCCUAUGCUAUAUAAUACUCACUGUUUUAUAUGACUAUGCAGAUUGACAUUAGCAUGGCUGAAUGAUAAAGGAAUAAUAUCAAGAAAAUAUCAUUUCAGUUCUUUGAUCUGUUGUUGAAGAACAAAAAAAGGGUUAUCAGAGAAUGGGAAGACUGCUUUAUAAAAUUACAUGCUAUGUUGCAAGGGUUUUGGGCCCAUAUUAGCAGCACAUCACAGGGCAUUGAAGACUCAAAGUGGAAAAGUCAAAGUGGCCUGAUACUAGCCGCAAGCACGCACUUGUCUCAGAACACAAAACAAA